AUGAAUAAAUACGCCGACGACGCGCCGCAGAGCGCGGACAAGUGCAUCGGCGCGUGCGGUGAGGGAUGGUUGUGCGAGGUGAGCGAAAUGUGGAAAGGCCAGGCGAUGUCGCUGAAGAUCGACGAGGAGCUGUUCCGCGGACGGAGCGAGUUUCAAGACGUGUACGUGUUUAAAAACUCGGCGUACGGGAACGUGCUGGUGCUGGACGGGGUGAUUCAGGCGACGGAGCGGGACGAGUUCGCGUACCAGGAGAUGAUAACGCACCUGCCGCUGUGCGCGCUGAACGAGGAACCGAAACGCGUGCUCGUCGUCGGUGGCGGCGAUGGAGGCGUGCUCAGGGAGGUGACGCGACACGGAUCGAUCGAAAGGAUCGAGAUCGCGGAGAUCGAUGGGAUGGUGGUGGAGAUGUCGAAGAAAUUCUUGCCGUCGAUGGCGGUGGGGUUCGACGACGCGCGAGUGGAGGUGAAUAUUUGCGAUGGGAUCAAGUACGUCGGGGACGCGGAGGAGGGGACGUACGACGCCAUCAUCGUCGACUCGAGCGAUCCGAUCGGACCGGCGAGCGUUUUGUUCGAGGAGGCGUUCUUUAAAAAGAUGCACCGCGCGCUCAAGCCCGGCGGCGUCGUGUGCACGCAAGCCGAGUGCGUGUGGUUGCACAUCGAUUUGAUCGAGGACUUGGCGAAGAUGUGCAAGGGUAUUUUCGUCGGUGGGUCCAUGGCGUACGGGUACACCACGAUACCGACUUACCCGAGCGGACAAAUCGGUUUCAUGAUGUGCAGCAAACCCGCGGCGGACGGGUCGACGGUGGAUUUCACCAAGGCCAAGCGAUUUCCGCGACCCGCCGAUGAAAGCGCGCUGAAACCGAUGCGCUAUUAUAACCCGCAAGUGCACGCCGCGGCGUUCGUGCUGCCCGAGUUCGCUCGCGCCGCGCUCGAGCCGCACCUCGUGCCGGGUUCCGAGUAA